AUGAAUGAUGUUAGAUCCUCCAAUGGUGGUCAAGCUACUGGUGGUCAAGUUAAUGGUGGUGGUGAAGCUACUGGUGGUCAAGUUGAAGCUACUGGUGGUCAAGUUAAUGGUGGUGGUGAAGCUAAUGGUGACGACCAACAACUAUACAUCCCAAACCUUGUCAACCAACUAUACAUCCAAAACCUUGUCAGACCUGCUAUUCAAGAAGAUGAAUUAAAUCAGAACGACCAUCACUGUUUUCAAAUUCCAAGAUGGUAUAGUUAUUCAUUGAUUCCGACAACCAUUGCCAUUGUAUCAAUAGUGCUUACCAUAGUGCCAUCUACUAGGUACUAUGGCCUGGUUUUCUUGUUCGAAAGCAUGAUCCGCUUUGGUUUACGAGCUUUGAAAACUGGAUUAUGGGAAAUACCAUCAAACUAUCCAGCUAUGGUUGACCCAUUAGAGAUGUUUCAAAGAGAAAUGAUCUCUACCAUUAUCACUUCAUUUACAUGGUUGUUAUAUUACUACGUCUUUGGAGGUAAUAAAGCAUGA